CUCUGUGUCUCCUGUGUUACUGAAGCCAGUAGAAUAGCACUAGAAUAGCACUCUCCAGAUGCGGAUGGACACUGGACGCAGCAGGAUGCCUCCUGCCUCCUUUCUCCCCACAGCCAUCAUUUUCCUUCUGGUUUCUGGAGUUUUUCCAGAAUCUUGUAAGGGAAUCAUAGGAGGAAAUGAGGUUCCAUCCCACGCCAGACGCUACAUGGCUCUCAUCAAAGGGCUGGAAAUCUGCGCAGGGGCUUUGAUCAACGAAAACUGGGUCCUGACCGCUGCUCACUGUGACCUGAGAGGCAAGCCUCAAGUUAUUCUUGGUGCCCACUCUUUGGCUCAGAAAGAGAAACUUGAACAGAUGUUUUCCAUUAAGAGGGCAAUUUCCUACCCAUGCUAUGACCCUGAGACAUUUCAAGGAGAUCUUCAACUCCUUCAGCUGGAUGGUAAAGCAGCGAUCACCAAAGCGGUGGGAAUCCUUCGCCUCCCGGAAAGUGGCGAGGAUGUGAAACCCCACACCAAGUGUCACGUGGCUGGAUGGGGGAGCACCAAAAGAGAUUCUUGCAAGGUUUCCAACAUUUUGAGGGAAGUCAAUGUCACCGUGAUCGACCGAAGAGUCUGCAACGACCCAAAGCAUUAUGGUUUCAAACAGUUGGUGGACAACAGCAUGCUCUGUGCAGGCGGCAGGAAAGGGGAAGACGAUUCGUGCAGUGGGGAUUCUGGAAGUCCUCUGAUAUGUGAUAACAUUUUCAGGGGUGUCACUUCCUUUGGGAAAUGUGGUAACCCCAAGAAGCCUGGUGUCUACAUUCUUCUUACUAACAAAUAUCUCAACUGGAUACAUAAAACCAUUGCAGGAGUUAUGUAACAUCAUUCCUUCAAAGCAGACCUUCAAGGUUACCACCGGAAGAGAUCCAGCAAAGGGGUCUGAAACUUCACUUAUCCCAUGAAGCACUUCUUCCUAACUGUGCCAGCCAUGGCCUGUCUGGCAUGAUCACCAGUCACCAGCUUGCACUGCUC